AUGAAUGGAGGCUCUAUCUAUUGUGAGAACUGCUAGCUUUAAUUUGCCGAAACUCUAUUUAGUAAUAAUUUCGCUCUAAAUGGUGGAAGUGUGACUGUAAUAGGCUCUUCUUUCACAGAAUUUUAGAGUAUCUAAAUUAUUAACAAUUACGCAUACAAUUAUGGAGGCUUUGUUUACAUUUAAAAAGAUUUAUUAUCAUUGAAAAGGUUGCUGAAUGAGGAUGAUAGUGAAUAACAAGAAAAUUAAUUAGAAAUCUAUUAAAGUCAUUCAUUCAUUGAAUUAAGACAACUAAGCUCAUUGAUUGGGCCAAUUUUAAGAAUGAUAAGCAUUGAAGACUGCUAUCAGAACUAUGCUUAUAAUAAGGGUGGAGUAGUUUAUGCAGAUUCUUAGGACAUUGAUAUUGAAAUAGAUGGAUUAAUUUAGAGUGAAACCUAAGCAUUAAGAUAAAUGGGUGGAGUAAUACAUUUACAGAAUGCUAAAUCAAUAAAUAUAACACAGUCAGAUUUCUCAAUAUUUUAAAGUCCUAGUGGCUCUUGCAUCUCUAGUGUAGGACUUAAUACUAAAAUUCAUAUUUCUAAAACAAAUUUCUUAGAAAAUGAAGAGGCUGAAUUCCCAGCGAAUUACUUAAAUAGUGAUUCCCCUAGCACCUACGGUGUAAUUUACAUUAAAACUGCAGAUCUGGUAUUAUUCUCAGAGAAUGUGUUUACAAAUAGUUACCAGAAGAAAUAUGGAGGAGCUAUCUACAUUAGCAAUUCCUAUUUUUAUGAUUCUGAUUCAACAUAUGAAUUCAGUUUAGCUUUCAAUGGAGGAAUUAUGUAUCUGAAAGAAAUGUAUGAUGUAAAAAUUAACAAUAUCAAUAUUGAGUACGCCAUGGCCAUUGAAAAUGGAGCAGCUAUGUAUAUUGAUAGCAGUUUUGUACUUGCUUUAACAUUAGGGAUGGAGAUGGAUAUGCAUCUUUUCUUCAUGUUUAAAAUGUGA